GAAACGUACGAGUUACGUAAUGCGAAAUUCGAUGUGGUCGAUGUAACACGAUUCGUUGAAUCGACAUUCCAGAUUCAGAAACUCAUCAGCAGUGGCAUUGAUAAUUUGAUUCGCGGACUUCUUUCACAACCUGCUCGACUUCCACAACGUAUCACUACGCAGGUAACUGAACUUCUCGGCGGAGGUAUGCUCGACAUGGCGUCGAUCAAUAUCAUGCGAGGACGUGAUCACGCGUUCCCCACCUACAAUCACUACCGGAAAUUUUGCGGUCUUCAGCCAAUCACUUCGUUCGACGACGUUAGUCUUUAUGGCAUUGUUAGAGCGAUAUUCAAUUUUGUACGACAAGAUAAAUCCAUGAGAUUUUAA